AUGGCAGGUUCUUUAUCUCCCCCUGCUGGCUGUGGGAUUGGUAGAUGUUGGGCAGGCAUCAAAAGACGUGCUCUUAGAUGGAGCAACAGUAGUAAGUCUACCUUGACUAGUUUUGAUGAUCGGUAUAAAUUGGGAAAAGAAUUAGGGUCAGGAAACAAUGGUGUUGUUCGUGAGUGUUACGACAAAAAAAAUAAACAGACUUGCGCAUGUAAAUCCAUCGCAAAGGAGAGACUCGUAAAACCAGAUGACAUCCCAAAUGUGAAGCUAGAAGUUGAUAUAAUGAAAAGAUUAUCUGGGCAUUCAAAUAUUGUGAAUCUUAAGGAAGUUUAUGAGGAUGCAAAUUCUUUCCACUUAGUAAUGGAACUAUGUGCUGGCGGGGACCUUUACCAUCAUAUGCAGAAAUCCAAGAGGCUCUCAGAGUUCAAUGCUAGGCUUCUUUUUCGACAACUCGUUCUUGUUGUUGCGUAUUGUCAUGAAAACGGUGUUGUUCACAGAGAUUUGAAGCCUGGAAACAUUCUUCUGGCAACAAAAGGCUCAAAAAGGAACAUUAAAUUGACUGAUUUUGGCAUCGCCACUUACUUUCAACCCGGUGAGACGCUUCAAAAAGGAACCGGGACUCCACAUUAUGUAGCUCCAGAGGUGCUAACAGGCAAGGGUUACAACAACACAGCGGAUAUUUGGAGUGCCGGUGUUAUUCUUUACUUUCUUCUUGGUGGGAAAGUACCAUUUACUGGACCGACAAAAUUGAAGAUCCUUCAUGCUGUUGUGGCCGGGCAACUGCGUUUUCCAUCUGAUCCCUGGGAACAAAUAUCUGCAUCUGCCAAAGACUUGAUUAGUAAAAUACUACGCCUUGAUCCUGCAAAGCGGAUAACUGCUCCUCAGAUUCUUGAUCAUCCGUGGAUGACUCAAGAUGUUAAUUCAGUAUCGUAG